AUGACGAGGCCGAUGCUCCUGAUAGCUAUCAAGUUAUCACCUCCUCAACAAAGGGCCCUCAGAGGGGGCCCCGCAGAGAGGGCCCGCAGAGGGGGCGGCCGCAGGUGUGUUGCACCUUCAGAGCUCGAUUCGAGUUAUUGCUCGAGCAUCCCCGAUAGUGGCAGGGAUGGUGCGAAGGACAUGUUCAAGCCAUCAAGGGCAUCUGAUCUGCAUAUGGAACUUAUCAGAAAAGCAGGGGCGACUUCGAGGAAGGAAAUCUUGAUCAAGCUCUCUACACCUACUUCCGGAGAUUUCGGUGGUGGUUCUCUUGCGACAGGAAAUGAAAUGGCAGUCAGUAGCAGGGAAGCCGUGGAGAGACAGAAGAAGAAGAAGAAGAAGAAGAAGAGGAAAGAGAAGGACAAUAAGAAGCCGUGGAGAGAACAGAAGAAGAAGAAGAAGAAGAAGAAUAAGAGGAGAGAGAAAGACAAUAGGAAUCCGUGGAGAGACAGAAGAAGAAGAAGAAGAAGAAGAAUAAGAGGAAAGAGAAGGACAAUAAGAAGCCGUGGAGAGACAGAAGAAGAAGAAGAAGAAGAAGAAGAAGAAGAAGAAAGAGAAGGACAACAACAAGCCGUGGAGAGACAGAAGAAGAAGAAGAAGGAGAAGAAGAAAGAGAAGGACAACAACAAGCCGUGGAGAGACAGAAGAAGAAGAAGAAGAAGAAGAAGAAGAAGAAAGAGAAGGACAACAACAAGCCGUGGAGAGACGGGGAGAAGUGACAGGAGCAUCAGCCGUAGCAGUACCAUUGAUUACCUUCUCCCAAAAACGCUUCUCGGAACAGAAUGA